AUGAAGACAUGGAAUCCAAUCAACAAUAAGAAGUUUGAGGCACUAUCCUAUCUCCCACCUCUUUCAGAUGACUCAAUUGCAAAAGAGAUCGACUACAUGAUCAGAAAGGGAUGGAUCCCCUGCCUUGAAUUUGAUGAGGUGGGGCAUGUAUACAGGGAGAACAGCAAGAUACCAGGCUACUAUGAUGGUAGAUAUUGGACAAUGUGGAAGCUGCCCAUGUUUGGCUGUAAUGACUCUUCUCAGGUCCUCAAUGAAAUCCAUGACUGCAAAAAAGCAUACCCAACUGCUUAUAUACGGUGCUUAGCUUUUGAUAAUCUGAACCAGGGUCAGUGCAUGUCCUUUGUAAUUCAAAAACCUACCUGA